UGGUGCUGCUUUGAACCUCUUAGGAACCAUCAGACAUCCAUUUGAAUGGCCCCUCUAAAUCUGUGUGGGGAUAUUAAACGAGUGAUAUUGUUUUUUUUUAUUGAAAUGGCCUGAAUCGCCAACCGUUUUACUAAUAGAAAGUAAAAACGUAAACAGAAGUUAUAUGGCCACUGAUGCUGCUUUCGAGCGUUAUUACGUAACCAACACGUUUAAACAGACCGUCGCAUUUUCCAAACGUUUAUUCCCUCACUAAAUCCUCACGUCACCUUCCCGCCAGGCCGGGCUUGAAAAGCCACUUGCCUGUGCACUGCAUCAUUUCCUUUUCAGAACCUUACGUCAUAUCUCCCCACCUUCAGCAAGAGAUGCUGCCUGCGGUAUGUGGUCGGACAAUGAGCCCAAUAGGAAUAACUGAGCGUUAGGCUACACUUGACAAAUCCUUUAUUCUUAUUUUCUUAUAAUCGUUAAUGCACACUUUACCGUACAACAAAGAGAUGGCAAUUUCAAGAAGGAUUUGCUCCGGGUCACCUAGGCAGGAGCAUGUGGCCUACCUGUUGUAGCUGGCUCUGUACUGGAAUAACCGCCACAGUGGAAGAAAACGGCAGCUCAUGGCGCCAGGCCUACACCAACCCGGGCUUCAGCCCGACCCCAGAGUCUCCCCAACACUUGUGCAAGGCCUGCGGAGGCCAUUUUGACGCUAUCGCACGGAAGCAUGUGUGCGUAGACUGCAAGAAGAACUUCUGCGGCCGCUGCUCGGUGCAGCUGGAGCCGCGGCCCCGCAUGUGCCUGACAUGCCAGCGCUUCCAGUGCACGCUGUUCGAGCGCGCGCAGCUCAUGCGGCUGAAGGUGCGCGAGCUGCGCGACUACCUCCACCUGCACGAGGUGCCCACCCAGAUGUGCCGCGAGAAGGAGGAGCUGGUGGAGCUGGUCCUGGGUCAGCAGACGCCGCCCAGCAGCAGCAGCAGCAGCCACAGCGACGGGCCGACGGCGUCGCAGCGUCCGCCGGCGGAGUCUGAAUCAGAGCAGCUCACAGAGGAGGAGGAGGAGGAGGAUGAGGAGGAAGAUGAUGAUGAGGAAGAGGAUGAGGAGGAAGAAGAGGAGGAAGAAGAAGAGGAGGCGGAAGAAGAGGAGGAGGGGGAAGGAGAGGAGGAAGGGGAGGAAGAAGAAGAUGACGAUGACGAAGAGUCCUCAGAGGGAGAGGUGGCACUGGCUCCUGAACACAGGACCUCUCUGUCGGACCUCAGCUGUGUGGAGGACAUCGAGGGCCUGAGCGUGAAGCAGCUGAAAGAGAUCCUAUCCCACAACCUGGUCAACUACAAAGACUGCUGCGAGAAGUGGGAGCUGAUGGAGAGGGUCACCCGGCUCUAUAAUGACCAGAAAGACCUGCAGAAUUUGGUUACAAAUGCUAAAAUGGAUGCAGAAGCAGAGCCUGCUGCUGGUUCUAAAGGGGAGGAAGAGAACGUGUGUAAGAUCUGCAUGGACUCGCCCAUUGACUGCGUCCUGCUGGAGUGCGGUCACAUGGUGACCUGCAGCAAGUGUGGCAAGCGCAUGAGCGAGUGUCCCAUCUGCAGGCAGUUCGUGGUGCGCGCCGUGCACGUGUUCAGGUCUUAACGCAGGGCACCGGGAGGAUGGGCAGCCCACGGGAGGGUCGUGCUUUAGCGUGCAUAGUUUCUGUUUAUCUCUCUUUCCUUUACACACACCAACACAAUCACAGUGAAUCUCUUUACG